CUGAGGGUGGGACGGCUACAGUGGCUCUGUGUCUGCAGACGCGGUGUGGACGGAGGCUUGAGGAUUGCUGCUCGGCUUCAGUGAGCGCACCAGGAUGUGCAAGGCGGGGGCCGCAGUCAGGCUGAAGGGGAAGGGAAGGAGCAGCCUGUGAAACGGGGUGACGGCGGCGACCAGCCCGGGCGGGGACCGGGACUGGAAGAGGUGCCUGAGCAGCCGGCUGGUCCGGCGGCAGGGCUAGGGCGAGGGGCGCGGGGACGCAGAGACGAACGCCCCCUGAGCCUGCUGGAGCUGGAGGGGCGAGGAGAACGGUCGUCUCUGCUUUCGGAGAGAUACGAGGGCAGUGUGAGGUUUGGAGGAAGGGAGAUCUCAGGAAGUGUCCGGAAGUGUUGAGAAGCUGGGAACAGGCGUUUGGUACAAGGAAUCGAAAGGAUCCGGGAGAAAGAAGGGAGGUCUGUGGAAGCUAGCCGAAAAGAUUGGGUGACAAAAAAGAAGGUCUGUGUAAGUGAAGGAAAGGUGAGGUCUGGGUAGAUCAAAGGGUUAAGAGAAGGUGGUGGAAGUAGCUAGAGAAUCGAAGAAAAAGCUGUGGAAGUGGCUGGGGUCCGGGGCCGGAACAGUGCCAGCCGUGGCUGGAAGGCAGCGGAGCAGAGCGCAAACCUGAGAGUGUUUGGAUAUUGGAAGACUUGGUGGCGAACAAGAGUUAGGAUUCAGAUCCUGCCUGGGAACGUGGGCGACGUGUCCGGGAUGUGGGAUCGGAGGCUGGUGAGGUUGGCCUUGUUACAACAGCUUCGGGCUGUUUAUGGCAUUAAGAUCAAGGGUGGCCGUGGGCAGGGCGAUCGCAGGAGACAUGAAACAGCCACGGAAAUAGUGGGUAAGAUAUUUGGAGUGCCUUUUAAGGUAUUGCCUCAUUCUGUUGUACCAGAAUAUGGACAUAUUCCAAGUUUUCUUGUUGAUGCUUGUACAUCUUUAGAAAAGCAUAUUCAUACAGAAGGGCUUUUUAGGAAAUCAGGAUCUGUUAUACGUCUAAAAGCACUAAAGAAUAAACUGGAUCACGGUGAAAAUUGCCUGUCUUCUGCACCUCCUUGUGAUAUUGCAGGACUUCUUAAGCAGUUUUUUAGGGAAUUGCCAGAGCCCAUUCUCCCAGCUGAUUUGCAUGAAGCACUUUUUAAAGCUCAACAGUUAGGAGCAGAAGAGAAGAAUAAAGCUACAUUGUUGCUCUCCUGUCUUAUGGCUGACCAUACAAUUGAUAUAUUAAGAUACUUCUUUAACUUUCUCAGGAAUGUUUCUCUUAGGUCCAGUGAGAAUAAGAUGGAUAGCAGUAAUCUUGCAGUAAUAUUUGCACCAAACCUUCUUCAGAUAAGUGAAGGACAUGAAAAGAUAUCUGCUAAUACAGAAAAAAAGCUACGAUUACAGGCUGCAGUAGUACAGACUCUUAUUGAUUAUGCAUCAGAUAUUGGGCAUGUUCCAGAUUUUAUCCUGGAAAAGAUACCAGCUAUGAUGGGUAUUGAUAGUCUCUGUGCUACUCCAUCACUAGAUGGCUUUGAAGAAGGUGAAUAUGAAACUCCUGGUGACUUUAAGAGAAAGCGAAGGCAAAGUGUAGGAGAUUUUGUUAGUGGAGCAUUAAAUAAACUUAAAUCUAACAGAACACCCUCUGUUACACCUCAACAGAAAAGAAGGGCUCAGCUCUCUGCAUCACCAGUGAUUCUUACACCAAAUGCCAAGCGUAAACUCCCUGUAGAUUCUCAUGGUAUCUCAAGUAAGAAAAGGAAGUCCAUCAAGCACAAUUUUAACUUUGAGCUGUUGCCAAGCAAUCUCUUCAGCAGCAGUUCUACACCAGUAUCCGUUCACUUUGAUGCAAGCCCAGAAGGGUCAUCUCAGAGUUCACUCUCUCCUGUAGUCAUCAGUGGAAACCAUUUCAUCAGUACAGGUGUGCUAAGGCGAAGUAAAAGGAUUGCAGACAAACAAAUUUGCAGGGUGGAAUCAGGAACAGCAGGCUGCUUCUCUCCUAAAAUCAGUCAUAAAGAAAAGGUUCGAAGAUCUCUUCGUUUGAAAUUUAGUCUGGGGAAAAGCAGCAAAGAUGUAAAUGGGUGUUCUGGUGUCAAUAGAUAUGAAAAUGUUGGUCGACGACUUGCAAAUCAACAAAAUUUAAAAAAUAGGAUUGAAUCUAUAAAAACAGGUCUGCUUUUUAGCCCAGAUAUUGGUGAAAGACUAGCAAAGAAAGGUUCAAAAAAGAUCAGUAAAUCUGAGGACAACUUAUUAACUCCAGAGCGACUAGAUACAACUAGUUACCGGAUGUCCUGGAUGGGACCUAGUAAUUCAAGUUUUCAAGAAAUACAUGCAAAUGGAGCUUCUCCAAUAGAGGGAAAUCUUGAGGUGGAAAGCUCUUCCUUGGAGACUGAUACUGUAGUUGAAAAGUCAACUGUUAGUUCAUAUGAACUCACACUUUCUCAUGUACACCAUAAACAUAAUAAUUACAUAACUAGAAGUUCUCUCAGUGGGGAUGAAAAUAACUUGACCACAGAGACUUUGGUGAAAAUUCAAAAAGCAUUUUCUGAAUCUGGAAGUAAUCUUCAUGCAUUGGUAAAUCACAGGCAGUCAUCAGUAAAAUUACAUGAAGCAUCUUCUAUGGAAUAUAGCCUGGAGAAAAAUCUAAUUGAAACUAAUGAUUUGACGAUGAUAGAAUCAAAUGUACACCAUACUAGUAAAGAUGAAAAUGGUUUUUCAGAAAAAAAGUUCUCACUAUAUCAAACUCAAAAAUUAGAUAGAGAGGCAACUAUAAAAUGUUGCUCAACUGUGAUGAAGAUAGAACCUGAAAACUUGCAUUCAAACAUACCAAAAGAAUAUUUAAGCAAACAAGAAUUGUCUAGUGAUGAACAAAUAAAGCAGCAGCAACCCCCAGAGGAUAAACUAAAUACUGAAUUAAGGGAGAAUGAGAAUAUGAUUGAAGAGGACUUAGUGGAACGUGCAGCUUCUAGGGAGGAUGCAGCUGACACCUCCUCAGAGCAGAUCACAUGUAAUAUAACAAACUUGUCAAAAGCUAGCCCUGCGAGAAUUAUGAAACAGCAGUCACUGGUGGAAACCUGUGAUAAAACGGCAUCUGAAAGUUUACAAAUGACAGAACAUGGAAAGGUUUCAGACCACAUACAGUGGUUUAACAAGCUGUCUUUAAACGAACCAAGUAGGACUAAAGUUAAGUCACCUCUUAAGUUUCAGCGUACACCUGUCCGUCAGUCUGUCAGAAGAAUAAACUCGUUGUUGGAGUACAGCAGACAACCUGCAAGGCAUGAAUCAGCAGGUCUCGCUGAUGCUCCUCCUCUGGUUAAGUCAGUGAGCUGUCAUGGUGCUCUUUCCUCUUGUGUAGAAGGUGCAUCAAAAGAUUCCUCUAUUUCAGGUAACAAAUCAGGUCCUAAAGAACAGAAGUCUUCAUCAUGCAAACAGUCAAAUGCUGAUGCAAUUUCAAAAUCAAGCAUGGACUUAACUUCUAAGUCUUUCUCAAAGGUGAAGGAGCACCCAGGCAUGAUGAAUGCCCCUCUUAGGUCUACCAGGAUUUGUAAACAGGAAGUGCUACCUGAUGGCCGAGUUAAGGUUCCCUUGGAUGACCUGACAAAUCGUGAUAUAUUGAAACCUGUUGUAAAUAAUAAUAUGGACUUAUCUUCUGAGAUAAAUAACAGGGUCCUUAGGAAACCCUCAGAAAAAGAAAGGGUGUGGUAUAAAGGUUCCCCCAAAAAUCCUAUUGGAAAAGCCCAAUUACUACCAACAAGUAAACCUGUAGACUUGUAAUUGGUAAAUAUUAUACUUGUUAAUGUAAAUAAAAUUAGCAAUCGGUGAUACAAUUUACAGGAUGAUCUACAUGUUAGUUUGUAGCUCAGAAUAACUGUUAAGUGAUAGAUUUUAAUUUCAUUGUACAAACAACUUGGAUUCUUAUGCUUGUAUAAAUGACUUCAUUGUUUUUCUUAAUUAUAGUAGUAUUUAAACUAAUUUUAGUGUGAUCUCUUAAAGCAGGUUACACUUUACCUUUCUAAAGAAGCUGUUGGCUGAGUUAUAAGAAGUUAUUUUUGAAAAUUGCAUCAAUUUUAUUUUUUAAGUGUGCCAGGACGAGUGGAAUGAAGUUGUACUUGUGCCUAUUUUCUGUUAUUGAUCCUAAGAUAAGGUUUCUGGGAGAAAUUUCUAACAUGUAAAGGGAAGAGAGAAGUCCUGCAUAUCCUACUUCUUGAAUUACAUUAAUGUUUAUUGUCUUUACCUAGAUCCCUAGAAAUUAACUUGUUUCGGUAACAUCUUAAUCCUUUAUUCCUUCUUGGGACAAAGCAAUUAGGCUUAUAUUGCCCAUAGAGGUGUACAGUAGUGUGUUCAUGUGAAUUAUGAAUAAUGGCUAAAGCAGAAUAAUGACUCAAGUAUGCUUGUGUAGAAUGAUACUACAGAAGUAAUUGGUAAUUUUUAAGCCAUACUAUGUUUUUAAAAUUUAUUUGCACAAAUUCUCUUGUAUCUGUUUUAUCCAAUAUAGAAUUUUAAAUGAUUCAAGGAAGAAUAAUUAAGCUUGGAAAAUUUUAAUCAAAGUGAUUUAUAUUCAGAUGCUUGAUUUUAGAAUUUAAAAUAAUUGAUGCACCUUUAUACAUUUAAUCUGGAUUCUUGGGAUUCUUAUAAAAAGCCUAUGAUGGUUUUGUGUGUAAAUGUUAUUUAUUUUAGCAUAGACAUUAAAGAUAACCUGGAAAAUGACUUGCCUGAGACUCUAAUGAAAUUCAAAGUAUCUUUUAAAAUUUGGCUCAAAUCAUCAAGCAAUUCUAUCUCAAUUUAUAAUUUAAAUAAUUACAAGAUCUUUAAGGAAAGAAUAUCAACAAUAGAGGGCGUUCUCUAGGUUUUCGAGGAAGGAAUAUACAGGCAGAACCAACCACUAUAGUUUUGCAGGUCAAUAAUGGGAAUGUCAGUUGAGAUGUUGGAGCAGAAUAGAAAGCAUUGUAAGUCUAGGGCAACCAGACUUAGACACUGUGUGUGAGGAAUUUAAAGUCAUCAGAUGUUUGCUUUACCUAGUUCUACUUGAUAGCACAACAUCUGUUUUAUUUCCUAUUUGUAUUACCUAGGAAUCAACCCCUUCUCAGAACUAGUAUUUGACUUAUGUAAAGACUAAAAACCUGUUGAUACAAGUAAGCAUCAUGAAACCGAUUUGCAGUAUAGACUAGACAUGCAUUUCGGAUGUUUAUGGUAUUCCUAAUAGUAGGGAUAGAAAUCACUCAUAAGCUCUGAGAUAUAUGUUAUCUGGUUCAAAGUAAUUUUUAAGAUUUCACUUUUAAACUUUAAAAAAUGCAUUAAUGUCAUUUUUAAAUCCACGGGAGCAGGUGAAAUGUUGAACUGGAAGACAAAUUCAGUGAGAAGGCAGAGAAGAUUAACUACAAAUCAACCUGAAUUAGUGCCUUUUCUGAAAAAUUAAUAAUGAAAGAUAUUUAUUUAAAAAGCUACACACAUAUCCCUCCCAUUUUUUCUGAGCUGAAAGCUGCAAUACAGAGUAUAGGAUUAUGACAGUGAGUAGCUCGGCAGUGUGGUGAUUGGAUAAACUCAGGAAAGUAGAGCUUUAGAAUUGAUUUAAUCUCUCCAUUUUCAUUUUACAUGAAACAUCAUAGUUUACUAAUUUGGGGGAUAUUUGACCAAAUGGUACACAAACAACAAAGUUGAAAGUGUCUGGACAUGUGCAGUAACUUAAAGGAUUAUUUUCACUUUGUUCUUGCAAGUGCAAAUAAACAUCUAGUGUUCCUUUGGUCUAUCUUGACAAUAAACAAGGCUAUUAUAUAGAACUUAAAUUAGUAGGCUGCUUGAUAACAUUUUGUAAUCACUAAGAAUUUAAUGUAAGAUUCUGAUAAUAAUCAAGCCCAGGAUAUAUAUGAUAGAUGUUUUGUUUUUAAAAUGUCAAAUUUCAUAUGAAGUAUAAACAUUUUGGUGUAUUUCAGUCAAAUUUCCAUUCAACACAAAAACAGUCAAUUGUAAUUACUUCUCCAUUUUUCCAAGCACAAAAAGAGGGUAACAGUUAACAAUGUUUAAGUAAAAUUCAGAGUUGGGGGGAAAAAAACAGCUCAGUAUGCAUGAGUAAUAAAUAUUAAACCCCAGCAUUGUUAAACCUAAUUCCAAUAGAUAGUAUUUGUCUUGUUGAUUUAUCAUGCUCAGAAACAAGAGCUGGAAACAGAGCAUCUAUGGAAGGAAGGGCACUAGGAAAGGAAGGACGUUUGGCUUCAACCUGAAAGGCCAUGUGUCUCACAAAUGAGGUUUGUGGGCCCCUCUUCAGGGCAUAAGAUUGCCAUAGAUGCUAAUGGAUUUGCUGCAUAGAGCUAGGAUGAAGAGAUUUGGAUUCUAACCUCAAAUUACUUUGUUACUCUCAGACACUAGACAAUUCAUCCCUAGUCUUGAGAGAAAUUUGCAAUACUUUCAUUGUGAAGUUUUGUGUUUUAAUUUCUGUAUUUGAACAAAAUUAAUGUUCAAGGUUGCACUACAAAUCUUUAACAGAAAAAUCUAAGGGUCUACCUGGGCAAAUUUCUGCUAUGUGCCAGGCGUGUGGUUUUUCUUCAUGCCAAAGGAAUUUUACUUGAUGGUGUGGAAGUUUAAAAACACUCAAAACUGAUAUUCCUAGAGGUUUUCGUGUGUUUUUGGUGUGUGAGUUUCACAGAAGUUUCUAGCACCUUGUAUUAAAUAUCUAUAUAAUUGUCCUUCUUAAUAAAAGGGUUUCUG